AUUGUGGUUGGAGAUUCACUACGCCAGGCACGGUGAAUAGCGGCCAAUAUUUGGAGGCCACACACCUCGCCGCCGCAAAGCAUGCUAGGGAAAGCAGAACUCCUUCGCGUGCCACAAUCAUCAGCGGCGACUCCACCAAAAACGCCGCCAUCACCUACGCGAGGCAAAAAUAGCGGCGAAGAUCUGGAGGCCACACACCUCGCCACCGUGAAACAUGCUGGGGAAGCAGUACUCCUUCGCGUGCCUUAUCAUCAGCGGCGACUCCAUCACAAAACGCCGCCAGAAAACCCGCGAAGAGUGAUUGGUAGCCCGCGAAGCACACCCAUUGCUGCUAUUCCAAAACAAGGUUGUGAAGGCAGGACUCUUUCGCGUGCCACAAAUCAGCAGCGAUUGCAUCGCAAAACGCCACCAGAACCCCGCGAAGAGUCCUUGGAAGUGCGCAAAAUCUGCUGCCAUCUCUGCUUCACUGCGAAGGUGCUGCCGAUACUGGGUCCUCUGCCGGCCGUGCACGAAACUGUUGAGCCACCCUCCACCGUUCGCCAUCCUGAGCUAUCGCGGCCUCUCCCUGUCCCUGGGAAAUUGGAGAGCCGAGACUUCUAUCCCAUUACCAGAAGCCGUUGGUUCACAGAGAAGAUGAUAGAGGCGUCUCCAUUCUCAUCGUUGGACCAUGCAACAUCCUUUGUAAGGUAGUUGUGGUUCAAUCAGUCGCGUAUACAGUCAUGGCUGGAUGCCUUUUCUGGACAAAGUCACCUCUAUCGAGCCAUUCGUGAUGCGCCGGCUUCUCUGAUGAGGGAAUUGCUAUUUUGGGACCGAAAGUACUGGGCUAAAUUUGGGUUUGAGUUUAUAACAAGUACGGAAUUGUGGUUCACACAGAAAAUACUUGACGAGGUGAAGACACGCUAUGAAAAUACUCUGCUCGUUGAGCUGGAUAUUGCAUCACGUGAGGAAUUCAAGCUCAUGGAAUAUGGCCUUGAAC